CUGAAGACAUGGCAACACCGCAGGUAGUAUAACACAGGCCCUUCCCGAAGUACGCUUCUAUCAGUAGGACACAAUCAGACAUCUCUGUUGUGCCCGGCUGUGAGCAGGUGUCGUCUAGGUUUCUCCUGAGAUUAGAGCAGCAGGCAACAUGCAGUUAGCGGUGCUUGGAGCCACAGGCCAGACCGGCGUCGAACUCGUGAAGCAGGCGCUGGAGGAGGGGCACUCUGUCACCGCCGUCGUCAGGGACCCGGCCAAGGUCACGGCCACACAUGAUAAUCUGAAGGUGGUAAAAGCAGAUGUGUUUGAGGAGUCUUCCCUUGUCAAGCCAUUUACAGACCAAGAUGCAGUUGUGUCUUGCCUGGGUUUCUCAAGGAAUCCGCAACCAGUGACUGGUUAUACCGAGUCAAUGAAAGCUAUUAUUGGUGCAAUGCGUAACGCAAACAUCAAACGUAUUGUAACAAUGACUGCUUGGUACACUGACACCUCUGUUGCUCCUCGAAUGGGUUUCUUGGCCAACUGGGUGAUUGUCCCUAUUCUGCGCCCUGUCUUAUUGGGCAUGUUUGAUAUGGAGAAGUUCAUUAAGGAAAAUUGUUCUGAUAUCAACUACACUGUUGUGCGACCUCCUGGACUGGGCAGCGCACCCAAAACAGGCUUGCCCAUGACUGUUGAGGAGGACUACAUUGUGGAGACAGGAACCAGCUUCAACAAGACCAACAGAUCCGAUGUUGCUGCUUUUAUGCUCAGCUGCUUGAAGACAUCUGACUAUGACCAAAAGAUGGUUGCUAUUACAACUCAAAAGAAAUUGGGCAGUUAAGAUUAUAAAGAGAAGUGCCUUGUGUAUGGUCGAUGUAGAAUAUAUAUUUGUGUUACUGGA